CUAACUUUUUGGUCCUGGUAUUCAUCACUGCACGGAGUACUGUACAAUUUCCUCCGCGUAUGAUUUUGAAGUUCAGAUACAUUCUUCUUACAGGGGUCGACCAGAAUGACACACGUUCUCGAACACGGAGUCCCUCUAGGGAAAACCAUCGUCCCCAAUUCUGAAGGCCUUCCUCCGGAAGAAGACGAGCAAGCUGCCAUUCUGUCCAAUUGGGCCGAUAAAUACAGAGGCUCAACAGUUGCUGAUCUCGAUCUUCCUCCUGCACUAUCUACCUCGCCGAGUACUUCUCUCUCUUCAGCCAUGUUGUCUGCGUCUUCUCACGACUACUCCCAUCUGACGGUGGUUUCUGAUGACACUCGCUCAUUGCUUGGGUACUUGUCGAUGGCUCAUCUCAAGGAGCUCUUCGAAUCCGGCACGUUGCAUCCAUCAGAUCCUGUUGAGAAGGCUAUGGUCAAGUUCAAGAGAGGGAGGCGGAAGUACAGGACCAUUAGCCUAGAGACUGAGCUCUUUGAAUUGGAAGGCUUCUUCGAGAAUGUCGGACCACUAGCAACUGGUGAACCCCAGGAUUUCGCGGUUGUCACUGACGCUGGCCGUAAAUUCGUCCUGGGCGUUGUCACUCGAGACGAUCUGGAGAUGUUUGUGAAGAAAAGACCAGCUUGAGGACUCGCACCUCAUCAUGACCAACACCAACCUCAUACGAUAAACGGUGUUCGACCGCCACGGCCGCCGCCGAACCUAUGAGAAGUGGUGUCAACGAUGUUGAUUUCAUCGCCUUGCAGCUUGUCGAGAAGCGCGAAUGAACGCCUGGUUGAAGUGAAGAGCACCUUCAGAGUUCUCGAGCUUUCUCCUGCAAAUCUUCGCAGAAUCGUAACUACUUCUCCGACUUCAUCUUCUUUGUCCCUCUCUAUCUCAUCCAAGCUGUCAAUGAUGAUCAGAAUCAAUUUGGGCGCAAGGCCAAGGACUUGUCCAAACAGAUCUCUAGCAGAGUCCCAGCUGGCCAAAGUGGCAUCGAGAGUAUCGAGAUCAAAAGCAACUUCUAUCUUCUUUUCAGGCUGCACCAGACUUAGGAUUUGAUGAGUCAAGGAGUAGAGCAGACCUAACAGGGGAUUAUGGCUAUCACUGCUGCUCUGAUUGUCCUCGUGGCCCAUGCAAGGUCUACAGAAAUAUGAGAUGGUCGGGGCUUUCAUCUCAUCUGCUGACAAGACUAGCCGGUCAGCUACUAGUGAUAUUUCUGGGGUCGUCCCUGCAAUGAUCGGGUAUUCCAAAUAAAGCAGGGUUGAAUUGGGUGAUCGAAGAAACAAUUCUAGGGCGAGGGCGACUCUUUCGUGCGUGGCUGUUGGCAGGAUUUCUUUUGGCUCCUGCAGUGUACGAGCGCCUUCGUAGAAAUAGUCAAGCAACUUUUCCACCUGUUUCUGGACUUCCACCACCGUUCGAUUGGUCGCAACAUCACUACCGUUAAUGGAUUCGACAAGUGAGUUCCCAUGAUUGAUUGCAGGAAGAUAUUGUUGCAUGU